UGCCAAGCAGUGUUGAGGACGAUUUCUUCCACAAAAAAAAGAAAUGGUGUGCUGAUUGUGAUUUCAAUAUAAUAAAUAAUAAGAAAAUACAAGUAAUACAAAAAUACAAAUUAAAACGAUUUGAUUACAACGAAUAAGAAGAAAAGUGAAGGCCUUUUUUAACUACCGAUUCCUGCACGCUAUUAAUUGUUUUAACUAUAGUUUAUAUGUAUAUUUUGUGUGCAUGUGUGAAUUCGAUUGUGUGCGUGUAUGUGUACAAGUGUGUGUUUGCCUGCGAGUUUCUCAGUUGAUUCGCGAAAUUGAGAAUAGAAAGAUGGUGCUCGCUAAAUUGUAAGCGUGAAAUAAGUAAUAUAUAUAAAUAUACCAAAAAAAAAAUACACCUUUUUGGGCAACAAGAAAUCUCCAAUUAAUAGUGGGCAACAAACGAAAAAUCAAAAUGCAUCCCUCGCCGCUGCACUAUUCAACGAUGAGGCCACAGGCGCCGGCGUCUAUGGUAAGAGAUACAAAAAAGGAUGAACUGCGGUCAGCUCCGUGGUACUGGGGCAACAUAACGCGCGAACAAGCUAAAAACAAAUUAUUUGGUCAACCGGAUGGAAGUUUUCUAGUGCGCGAUGCGCAAGCAAAGAAGGGCGAAUAUACGUUGACUCUGAUGAAGGAUGGAAACGAGAAGCUUAUUAAAAUUUGCCAAAUCAAUGACAAUUAUGGGUUUGUUGAAAAGUUUCAAUUCAGCUCAGUGGUUGAAAUGAUCAAUCAUUAUAUGACCAAUUCACUGAAAAUGUACAACAAAACGCUCGAUAUAACGCUCAGUAAUCCGAUCGUUUGUCCCUUUUACGACGAUGCACAACCACAAGGUGAUUUACGCUUAUUAAGCGAUGCAUUCGUGCGAUGCUCCCAAUUGCUGUUGCAACAGGAGCAGGCGCUUGAUCAAAAGAAGACCUCAUUUAAUGCCAUACGCGAAGAGCUAGCUGAAAAAAAGCUGCAUCAAAGUGUUUUUGGCAAUGCGGAGAAUAUGUUUCGCAAUCAAAUCGCAUCGAUAGAAUCGUUCAUGAGUAAACCACCUGUAAAUACAACAGGCAGUGGAACAGGAACUGGCGGUGCGGGCAGUGCGCAAUGUUCGCGGCAAGACGUGCAACAUCAUAUGCGCGAAAAUUUGUUAAGGAUGAAAGCACACCUGGAGGUGAUGCAUACGAAAAUGGAGCUACUCAAUCAGGAUAUUAAGAUACGCAAAGAGGAGGAGCAGUUGCUUGAACGUCAAAUAAAUGCCAGCAAACCGGAGCUACAGGAAUUGCAAUUAUGCAAGGACAAACACAUUGAGCGCCUGAAAGGGUUUGGCUUAACCGACGACGAUUUGAAUGUUAUUUUGGAGAAGGGCUUCGACGAGCUGCAGCAGAAUUAUGAGAAAGCAUCGAAUCUACCGCAUCGCAACGAAUCACUGUGGCUAAUUAAGGAUGCCAAGCGACACGAUGCCGAGGAGCUGCUCACUGGAGCGCCCACGGGCACAUUCCUGAUACGAGCUCGAGAUGCGGGCCAUUACGCUCUAUCUAUUGUCUGCAAAUCGGAUAUACAUCAUUGUAUUAUCUAUGAGACGGAAAGCGGGCUGGGCUUUGCGGCGCCCUACAACAUCUAUCCCACGCUGAAAAAGUUGGUCGAGCACUAUGCCAGCAAUUCGCUGGAGGAGCACAAUGACAAGCUGACCACUGUGUUGCGCAUACCAGUGCUAUAUUGGAUGCAAAACAAGCAACACUUAAUGGAACAGCUGCAGGAGGAGCUGGAACUGGAGAAGGAGCAGGAACGCCUGGCCCAAGAGGCGGCACUAAUGCCACCCCCGCUGCCACCAACGGCAGCGGCAAGUAGUGCACCAAUACCGACAACCAGAUCAAGGGAACAUCAUGGCCAUGAUUCAGUCGAUGCAGCAUUUAGUAUUGAAACAGAUACGCCGCCAGCUUCCAUAUCGCCAUCAAAUUUUAGUACAUCGCAAUAGGCAACACACACACGAGUACACAGUCUCCCACACACACACUGUCCAAGCCAAUGGCUAGCUAACUCUCAUAGGUAUCCAGACCUGCAGGCCCCCAAAUAUGUAUAUCUCUCUUAACUAUUAUAAUUAAAAGUGUCGUUCAUACAGUUCCAAACUGUUGCGACUGCAACUGCAAAGCGAAAAACAAGUAAUUUGGUGAUUCAUGUUGAUGUUCAAAUAUCUCUGUAUAUAUAUAUAUAUA